CGUGCUCUGAAGCACAACUCAUCACAGAUUGGAUCUAGAGGAUAUUUAUCUACAGGGGUCUUUGUUUGUCAGUUCGAAAAUUUGCGUCAUUGCGUGGAGUGUGAGCUAAAUGCGUCAGCAUCUUGUGGUUGAAGCUAGUCUCAGGUCGUUGAGGCAGUAAGAUUGUCAGUCAUACUUGUAGGACUGUCAUACAGUGGAAUGAAAAUACAGAAAUAAUGGAAACGAAAACGAUAUUAAUUCUUGGGUUCGUUGGUGCUAUGGUCAUCAUUGCAAUCGGACUCAUUGCUUCCUCAGGAAAAAGAUUGGACUCGACUGAAAUUGGACUAAGCUAUGAUCCGAACCAAAGAAAACUUGGAAGUGAUGCAAUGAGAGAAGGUCUUCAUUUUGGAGCACCUGGUUACAAGUUCAUCAUAUUUUCCAGCGUUUUCAAGUCAAUUUCCUACAGCAGCGUGACAUGCUUGAACAAGGAUGGUCUGGUCAUAGGAUUGGACGUAGAAUUCCAGUAUCGAGUUGAUGCAAACCAUCUCAAAAAGGUUGUCCUGGAAUUUCGAGAUGCAGACAAAUACGAAGAUGUAGUGAAAUCUAUGGGUCUAUACGCGAUUCACGACGCCUGCAGUGAGUAUAACACAAGCCAGUCUAUAAAUCAACGCACAGAAUUCCAGAGUCGUAUUCAGGAGAUUAUGGUGCAGAGAUUGGGCGAUAUUCAUGCUGUGGUAACCGACUUACAAAUGAGUAAUAUUGCCAGACCUGAUAAAUACGAGAAAGCAUUGCAGGCUAAAGAAUCUGCAAAGGAGAGCAUCACAACAGCGAAAUUAGAAAGACCACGACAGAUAGUCGAGGUGGACACGAAAUUAAAACAAGCAAGAACUCAAGCGGAGAUCACAAUCGCCUUGGCUAAAUCUAAAGCAAAGAUUGCUAUAACAAAGGCAAAAGCAGAGUCUGAGGCGAUCAUGGAAGCAUACAGAGCCGAGGCUGAAAUCUACUCCAGUAUUAUGAAACAGCAAAACUUAACAAUUGAAGGAUUGUUGUCUUAUCUUAGUGUGCGAGUUGUUGGUGAAACUGAUAAGACCGUUUAUGCUGGAUUGGACGCGCCAGCUAAAACAAAGUAUACUCAUUAAGGCCAUUAUACUCAUAAGGAUUUGAGAAAAUAGGACAGAGAAAAAAUAUUGUUAUUUUAUGGUAAAAUCUUUAGUUAUAAUUCACUUUAUUUAUGAUCCAGUUCUGUUGUGGUCAAUAUGGUAAAUAUGAGGGUUUAUUUGAUUUGCCUCUGUAGCAAAACGUAAAACAUAUGGAUAUCUUUAGGAAGAUCGCUUGAGUGUGUGUUGCCAGUGGUGGAAAAAAUGGUGACAAGAACAACAAUUUA